UUACAGGCCUUGUAUGUGGAAAAUUUGGCAAAAGCUAACGACCGAACAAACAUUUUAAACGAAGACUGGAAGAAACUAAGAGUGCAACCAGUUCAGGUGAUGAAGCCUUCAAGUGGGCACCCAUUUCUAAAAAAGUGCACUGUAGAAAGUAGCUUUCCUGGAUUUGCUGUUCAGACUGUAUCCACAAGGUCUCUGAACACUGUGGCACUUGUUCCCAUUAUGUACUCUUGGUCACCUCUGCAGCAAAAUUUCAUGGUGGAGGAUGAAACUGUUCUGUGUAACAUCCCCUACAUGGGAGAUGAGGUCAAAGAGGAGGAUGAAACCUUCAUUGAAGAGCUCAUCAAUAAUUAUGACGGGAAGGUGCAUGGUGAAGAAGUUCUAUGUACAGGUGCCGGUGUCUUAGAUGAUGCUAUCUUCUUGGAAUUGGUACACGCUCUUCUUCAAUAUGCAGAUGAAGGGGAAAAAGUGAAUGCUGACCCAGUGGCAAACAAAGGAGAGGAGGUGAAAGCAGAUGGGCCCAUGACCAGAAAGAGGAAGAGAAUAGCAGAAGAGGGAAAUAAGAAAAUCUGUAAAACCCACCUUCCCAGUGAUCUGAUAUUUAGCGCAAUCUCGGCUGUGUUUCCAGACAGAGGCUUUCCAGAGGAAGUCAAGGAGAGGUACAAGGAACUGACUGCUGCAUCAGACCCUAACAUUCUUCCACCACAAUGUACCCCUAAUAUUGAUGGCCCCAGUGCCAAAUCUGUACCUAGAGAGCAGUCUCUGCACUCUUUCCAUACCCUCUUCUGUCGCCGCUGUUUCAAAUAUGAUUGUUUCCUGCACCCAUUUCAUGCAACUCCUAAUGUGUGCAGAAGACGAAGUCGAGAAAUUAAGAUUGAGACUGAACCAUGUGGAAACCACUGUUUCUUGUGGCUGGAGGGUGCCAAAGAGUAUGCUGUAAUGAACAACCCAAGAUUGAAGUGCUUGGGGAGACGUCGAAGGAAAAAUCCAACCAAUGCUACUUCCAGCUCUGGUGCCUCCACUUCUGGCUCGGCAGAGGCCAAAGAAGGAGAUAGUGAUCGAGACACUGGAAAUGAAUGUGCUUCCAGCUCUUCCGAGGGUAAUUCACGAUGCCAAACACCCACUAGGCAGAGGCAGGGGAGUGGGAGUGGAGAGUUGCCAGAUGUUUCAGAACCUAGUGAGCCAGUGGAGUGGUCUGGAGCUGAGGAAUCUCUCUUCAGGGUUUUCCAUGGAACCUAUUUCAACAAUUUCUGUUCUAUUGCUAAACUCAUGGGCACAAAGACAUGCAAACAGGUUUUUCAGUUUGCUGUUAAAGAUUCACUCAUUCUGAAAGUGCCUGCCAAAGAGCUACUGAGCACUGCUCAGAAGAAGAAACGGAAACACAGAUUAUGGGCUGCACAUUGCAGAAAGAUUCAGCUUAAAAAAGACAAUUCCGCCAAUCAGGUGUACAACUACCAGCCCUGUGACCAUCCUGAUCAUCCUUGUGAUAGCACUUGUCCAUGCAUCAUGACACAGAACUUCUGUGAAAAAUUUUGUCAGUGCAAUCCUGACUGUCAGAACCGCUUCCCUGGAUGCAGAUGUAAGACACAGUGUAAUACCAAACAGUGUCCAUGUUAUCUGGCUGUCCGUGAGUGUGACCCUGAUCUAUGCCUCACUUGUGGUGCCUCUGAGCAUUGGGACUCCAAGAUUGUGUCCUGCAAGAACUGCAGUAUCCAGCGGGGCCUAAAGAAGCACUUGCUGUUGGCCCCAUCUGAUGUAGCUGGUUGGGGCACCUUCAUCAAAGAGUCUGUCCAGAAGAAUGAGUUUAUUUCUGAGUACUGUGGUGAGCUGAUUUCCCAGGAUGAAGCGGAUCGAAGAGGGAAGGUCUAUGAUAAAUACAUGUCAAGCUUUUUGUUCAAUCUUAACAAUGAUUUUGUUGUGGAUGCCACAAGAAAGGGAAUAAAAUCCGUUUUGCAAAUCACUCUGUAAAUCCUAACUGCUACGCUAAAGUGGUCAUGGUAAAUGGAGAUCAUCGUAUUGGAAUAUUUGCCAAACGAGCAAUCCAGGCUGGGGAAGAAUUGUUCUUUGACUACAGAUAUAGCCAGGCGGAUGCUCUGAAGUAUGUGGGUAUAGAACGAGAAACGGACAUUAUCUAA